AUGUCUCUCAAAGACAAUCGCUUGACUGAUGCUUUCAAAGUUGAAGUCCAAUUGGCUGGAAUUGGCCAAAAUCUUACUUCCAUUGGAACUACUCUUCACUACCAGGUGGCAUACAAACUCCAAGAUCACACUCUGAAUCUUUCUUUGCCAACAACUGAAGAAGUAUUAUUGGUCUCGGUAGACUCUACCCAAGUUCCAACAUGCACUCAUAUUCCAAGACAAAUCUCUACAGAUGAUCUUAUGAAGAUUUUGCCCAGUUCACGGAUAACAAACUAUGAGAUGCUCCACCAACCUCAAAAUGAUGUUCAGACUCUUACUGAACCAUCUUAUCACAAAAAAGAAGAUGACUCUGUCGAAAUAGUCUUUGACAGAACUCAAACAAAGACUCCUAAUUGCUUUACUACCCAGUACAUGACGACUUUUGUCACACUAACUGAUGUUGAAAUCCAAUCCUUUAAUUCUCAAGGCAACCCUAUUUAUGCUUUUGAAUCUUUGGAUGGACAUAAGUAUUGGGAAGUUUGCGACUGCAAAAGCUGCCUAAAAAUAGAAGAAGACCUCCCAAAGUGGCGUCUUAGCUCAGAUUAA